UCGAGCGUCUUGCUCCACCUGGUGGCGAGUGCGAAUCCUGCAGCGGGCUCUCCGCCGCCCCUUUUACUUUCGUUUUCAGCAAGUUUUCUCGACGAGGAAGAGAGGACGGAGCGCAGCCGGGUCCGACGGUCGGAGGAGGGCAGAGAAGCGGAGGGGAUAAACCACCGGGGGCGAGAAGGAAGCAACAGACCUCGCAAGGAGAGGCGAGAAAGCAGCCAGGCGGCGAACUGAGGAAACAGAGCUGGCGAUCCCGGAUUUGCGUCUUCGGAAUAACUGUUUCAGAAUACCCAGAUCCAUGGCUAUGGAAGAAUUUCAGGCUGCUGUUUUUCAAGGGAAACUGACGGAUGCCGUUUCGGUUGUGCUGGCAAAACCGCUGCAGUAUUUUAACAGCACAACGCUCAAUAUUGCGGUGGUAGGGGAGCCAGGCUCGGGGAAGUCCUCGUUUGUCAACAGCUUGCUGGGCCUACGUGCCGGUGAGCCCGGUGCAGCCGAGACCGGCAUCCAAACGACAACGACGAAAGCCAAGGAUUACCCACACCCGAGGCUUCAGCAAGUCAUCCUGUGGGACCUCCCUGGGAAAGAAGACUCUCCUUUGGGGGCCCGUGUUGAGCAGGAGGAUUUGAACCGCUAUGAUUUCUUCUUCAUCAUCGCCUACCAGCGUUUCCGGACUGUCCACGCCGACCUGGCCCAAGAGAUCCAGGCGAUGGGCAAGAGGUUUUAUUUUGUGCGGGCCAAGACGGACCUCGAUCUGGAGGCAUCCCGGCGGCGGCAGCCGUCCGGCUGCGAUGAGGAGAAGGUCCUCCACCGCAUCAGGGAAGACUGCAUAACAAGUCUGCAGAACGAAAAUGUGAGCAACCCCCAAGUCUUCCUUGUGUCCAACUGGGAUCCCCAGUGCUUUGAUUUCCCGCUCCUGCGGGAAAAGCUGCAGAACGAUCUCCCGUGGCUGAAGAGGCAGGCCUUCAUGUUCCACCUGCCUUCCCUCUCUGCACCUGUCUUGGAGAGCAAGAAAGCUGCACUGAAGAGGAAGAUACGGCUCAGCGUCUUUUGCUCCGGGCUAUUUGCGUUGCUUCCUCUCCCAGGUUUCUCCUUCGUGGUCGCCAUGUUUGUGUUUAUGAAAUUCCGCUCUCGAUGCUACCGGGACUUUGGCCUGGACGAUCUGUCCCUCGAAGCUCUAGCCAGGCAUGUCGGGAAGCCAGUGGCGAUACUUCAGGCAGUGAUGACAUCCCGAGCUCUAACUCCAGUUAUUCUAGGGAGACUUCCUGACCUUGUGGGAGCCGUUCUGAUGAUUGUGGAAUGUUUUUGGUGGAAUCAAUACCCCAUCAGAGGCUCCUUGGCGUCAGGAGGCAUUUCGGUUUUUGCCAGCCACUACAUGCUGCAGAGAUGCAUAUCGACAGUGGCCAAAGACACCCAAAAUGUCCUCUCCAAAGCUCUGGAGGUCAAAGAGAAGAAUUUAGUUUAGCAGCAAAUGGGAUCACCGUGCUAUCGCUCGAUGUAUUCUCUGAUACUGCAGUCAGGUUCUGGAAGUAGGGAAGGGAUUGGCAGACAUGGAAUUGGGCGUCUGUUUAAAACUCCCUCCCCCCCCCCAAGAUUUUAGACCAUAUGACAAACAACACUAUACUGUAGUUCUUAAAAAUUACUCAGUACGCAGGCGAUCCAAAUUCAAUGCCAAGAAAAACUGAUUCCUGUGACCAGGGCUUUUUUUCUGGGAAAAGAGGUGGUAGAACUUAGUGGGUUGCCCUCAGAGAAAAUG